AUGGCGACGUUUAGUAGCUUCAUACUUGGAGCUUUGAAUUCGGUAAUAAGGUUUCCCUUAAAUUAUGCAAUUUUUCCAAUAUUUAACUUGUUUUAUGGCAUUUUAAAUCAUUUUAUUAUAAUACCUUUACUGAUAGUUAUUCGAUUAGCAUUUUACACAUUUGUUUAUUUACCAUUAAAACCAGCAUUAUUUUUAUUAAGCAUUGAUAAGAAUACAUCUCUUAUUGAUGUGUUGCCUCAACUCAGGUUUUUCUUUUUGAACUUGACUCAUUAUGUGAUGGUUGGAUUGAUAGUGGGAAGCUUAGUUGGAAUCUUUACUGGUUUAAACUUCCGAUUAAUUAGCUAUAUCUUUACGAGAAAUAGCGAUAAGGCCUCAUCUAAAGCACCUGUUACUGUUAAGCCGCUUCUGGAAAGUGACGUUAUAAGUCAAGUUAUCGAUGAUUCUAGGUCUGGGUCUUCCAUGACAUCUCCCAAAACAACGAGCUCAAGUCUUAGUUACGGAAAUGAUUUUAUAAAUGAAUUCUUGAGUUCAACGACUAACAAAAGUGGUGAUCUUCAAAACUAUGUCUACGAAGAUGAUGAUGGCUAUACCUCAUUUUUGCGUGACAGGGAUCCAAGAAUUAGCAAUUCUGAAGUUAAACAGGAGAUGAGGGCCCCAAUAGCUAAUCGGAACCCCAUAAGAAUCAAAGACGAGGCAGAUGAUAACGAAAGCAUUUCAACAAUGAAAGAUUUCGAUAGGUCGGAAGAUCAAGAGGUUCUGAAGAAUGACUUGUUUUCCAUGAAUAGAAUUAAUGAGCAGUUGUACACUAUGAAUUCAGAUCUAACAAUACCUGACGUUGAAAGUGAUGUCUCUAAGUACUCUUGA